CAUCUCCUUCUCCUCGGCGCAGCUGCAGCUGCGAGCCAGCGACUCCGACCCUCAUAAACGACGUCAGGUUCGUCACCCCCGAAAAGUUUUUACCUUUUCCUCCCGUCUCCUCGGCUCCUCCUCCUCGCUAUGCUGGCCGCCCCCACCGCGCCUCUCCAUCACUCCCCCGACGCCAUGACUCUGUAGCGGCACGCAGCACCGCAAAGCCAGCCACCAUGGGCAGGACGAGAGGCAGCAAGAGCGCCGGCGGCGUGAGGUCGUUCCCGUCGCCGGCGUCGUCGUCCUCGGCGUCGUCGUCGGAGUUCGAGUUCACGGUCACGCUGUCGCCGGCGUCCAAGCAGCGGUCGGCGGAGCAGCUGUGCCCGGCGGACGAGCUCUUCUACAAGGGCCAGCUCCUGCCGCUGCAGCUGUCGCCGCGCAUCUCCAUGGUGCGCACGCUGCUGCUGUCGUCGGCGUCCACGUCCUCCGCCUCCGCGUCCGACUCCACCUCCACGUCCAACUCCUCCCGCGACUCCAACGGCAGCACGUCGUCGUCCUUCUCCGCGGACUGCGCCGCGCUGCUGCUCCCGGACUCCGCGGCCUCGUCGUCUCGCCCCAGCUCCGCCACCGAGGAUGACCGCCACCUGCACCCACACCCGCUGUCGGCCGCCGCCGCCUUCGCGGGGCUGCCACCCGCCAGCAAGCGCACCGGGAAGCAGUACCUCUCGUCCUUCGCCACCCGCUUCUCCUCCGUCUUCCACCGUGGCGGCGCUCCGGCCGCGGCGAAGAAGCAGCCGUCCAAGUCGCUCGCCAAGGAGGUGAUCAAGAAGUACGCCAAGAAGGUGAAACCGCUCUACGAGAAGCUCUCUCAGAUCCCCAAGAACCAGAACAACGUCAACGUCGGCGUCGGUGGCGCCAACAACCAACCGCAGCAGGGGUUCAAGAAGCCGUUCACUUUCUCCAUCCGCAAGAAGAGAGGCGACGACGACCACGCCGUCGCGGCUGCGGCAGCGGUGGAGGCAGAGGUUGUUGGCGGCGGCAAGUACGCGCACUCCAACUCCUUCUCCGGGAACCUCCGGUUCCCGCGCCAGAAGCGGGCCGCGGCGAGCUGCCCGUCAUCGAUGCGGUCGUCGCCGAGCCACUCGGGUCUGCUCACCUUCGGCGGGGCCGGCGGCGUCGGCUUCCCCGACGUGCCGGCAGCGGCGGCUGCGGCCGUUGCGAGCGGCAUUGGCGUCGGUCCGCCCGUGUCGCUGUCCACGGCAUCGUCCAUGGAGGAGCUCCAGAGCGCUAUCGAGGGCGCCAUCGCGCACUGCAAGAACACGAUGGGCGGCGCCGUGUCGUUGUGCCCGCGCAAGGCGGCGGCGGCGGCGGCGGUCGCCGAUGAGAUCUGCGCCUUCUGAGCGCGCGAGCGCGCUAGGAUUCAAGCGGCGGAGAGCUAAGUAAGCAGGCUGUUUAAUCGGUAGCAGUACUUAUCUGUUGUUAUUAGUAAUUUUAAUUUCAUUCGUCUCGUUUUGGUAAGACUCUAUGAUCAUGGUCGUAAAUAAGGGUAGUUCGAAGGGGUUAAAAAUGAUAAUCCGAGCCUUUCAAUCUCUCCUUUUCCUGGGUUUGGAUUUUGCAUUGGCGCCCUCCAAUUUUUACCUCUAAUUGCAUCUACCUACCUAAAGAAAAUGUUGGGGCAACCUUACUAAUAUAUAAAUUCACCAAAAAAAAAACUGCCUCAAUUUUGAUGCUUUCAAUGCAAACAUUCCAGUUUUGAAGGAUCAUGAAAAUAUCUGCUAGAACCUGAAAAUCAGUUGCAAUGAUUAUACUUCAUCCUAAAUUUUUGAAGCAAAAUGGAGUAUGAAGUUCCAAACCUGAUGAUGGAGGGUGUUGAUGCAAAUUUCAUUUCCUAGAGAAGGGUGGUCAAAAGCUCCUUAGUUGAUUAUGCUAAGAUUUGGACUCUGAUGUGGCAGUACGUCUGAGCUAGUGGUAUCAAUUUUUUGCUGUGAUUUUGUUCGUUCCAAGACUAGAGUUUAAUACUAAGCUAAUGCUAAUAUAGUUUGGCUUUUAAAUCUGUACUUU